GCAGGGCGGCGUCAUCCUCGGACACGGAACUGCGGACGGACGCUGAGCGUCCAGGUCCACUAAUGUUUCUGUCACAAACACCUGAGCAGCGCUGAGCGCCGGCCCCGCUGGGAUAACGGCCCCCGGUCAUGGACCGAUACCGGUACUUUAUCUUCAACCAGAGGAGCGUGCUGGUCCUGGGCGUCCUCCAGGUCGCCUGCGCGGGGCUCUGCGCCGUCUGCGGGGUCAUGGACGCGGCGUUCCGCAGGAACACCCCGCUGAGCGGCAGCCGCACCCCGCUGUGGGGGGCACUGGUGAGGUUCACUCAGCACCUGUACAGGGCCGGCAGGGCCGGUAACAGCGGCUCAGGGGAGCACACAGUACAACUCUCUGGAGAAGAAAACUGGGUGUCUGAGAUCAUGGCAUCUCCUGGUGUUUUGGCGCUGUUUGCCUCCCAGAAGAAAAACGCACUGCUGGUGUGGGCGAUGCUGGCGGCCGCUGGACUGUCCUGUGCAGCUGCAGUCGUCAUAGGGGGCUACUCGUCCCUCACCCUCACCUACGGGGAGGAGGAUGAAGACGUGUUUCACCACCACGACAGUCCUCACGUGACCUUCGUGCUCCACCGGAUGGUGAAGGGAGCCAACGCCACCAUCCUCCUGAGCUGCUCCGUCAGCCUGCUGCUCUCCGGCCUCAUCGCCUACGCCGGCUGCCGCAGCCUCCCCCGCUGCCGUUGCUAUGACAGCAGGACUGGCCUGGAGACCCUGGUUCCUCAGAGCGACCCCGGAGACACCGAGAUGGUGGUCGCCUGGCAAGCAGGAGGCGACGGCAGCCUCUUCAACUCCCCGGCUCAGCCCGGCAGAGACACGGCCGAGGAAGAGGAGGCUCCGAGCUCCGGGCUGCCCCCCUACAGCAGGCUGGCCUGACGGGACACACAUGUGGACAGACAUACCGGCCCGACUCCGCAGGAUUGAAAUGAAGCAUCGUUGACACUCGGAUCUUUACAACAUGACGUUAUUUUUAUUUACCCAACAGUGAAUCUCCAACCGUGUCAGAUUUGAAUCUUUUUGUACAUGUCACAUUUAAAACUCAAAUGUCCAAUCAUCCAUGCUGUUGUCAUGGCGACUGAGGAUGAAUAAAUGAACUUCUCUGUG